AUUCAUAUUCAUAUUUGAUUAAAAUACGAUAUUGCAAACAAAAUAAUAAAUACUCAUAUUUAAAUGCAACAGUUAACAUCAAUACAUGAAUAUUUAUAUUUGAAUUAAAAAAAAUUUCAAUAUUUUUAACUUUUAAACUCACAAAAUAAAUAAUAAAUUAAUUUUGUAUUAAUUAAAUAUACUAAAACGACGUAAGCUGUUUACAAGUCGUAAAUCAAUCGUGCCGAUCAUAUCAUUAAUUUUCAUGCCGAUUUCAUGACCGGUAUCGGUUAAACCUCCCCACCGGCAUGACACAACCAUGGUUUUUUUUUUCCCUCGCAAGAUGUUAGGUGUGCGUGUUAGGUAUUGGGAUAAAUGUUUAUGUUUAUAUAUUAUGGGGUUUUUAUUAUGGCCAAGAACGAUUUCCUAUCCCAUGUCCCCUCGCAGAACCCCAAUCCCCACUGCUCUCGCAGAUCAAAAUUCUUAUUUCUAGUCAACCUCCUUUGGCUCCUCCGGCCAGCUCCGAUCAGGUCUUCUCUAGCCCGUCGCCGGCGUCUCCUCGUCUUCAUCUCCUUGCUGUCCAGAUCUGACUUGGUGGUCCGGUUUCUCUUCCAGUCGUCGCCCAUUGACGCUCUUUCUCAGGUGACUCCCUCGUCUUCUCGCUGCCGACGUUCGCCUUUGUCUCCUGUCAUCCUCUUCCAUCUACAUUUUUCACGCCGCCGUCGCCCAGCUCUGCCUUUUUCCGGCCGCGAGUCGUCGUCUAUUUCCACAACCACCGAUCGUUAUCAAUUCGGCCUGUUUUCUCCUCUUAUGGUUGGACUUUCUACGGGCCGCGGGUCACCUCCUGUCUACCCACUCGUUGCGUAAUCAGCUUAUUUGCCCUUUUUCUUGUGGUGGUCCAAAUUCGUCUGUUCUUCAGCUACCUCUGUCCUGCUUGGCCAUCCGCCUCCCCAAUUUCCAGUUUCAAGCUCCCCCGAUAUUUUGAUUUUAGCUCCAACAUUCUGCUCUUUUGACUCUGCUUUGGCUUCUCAACGAUUCUUCUAUUUUCCAGCUGAUCGUGCUCCACAGGUGCUUCGACCCACAUUGGUUAACUGGAGUCUGAAUUUACGUUAGCGUGUCAUUUGAUUUCUGGGAGUAGUCAUUGAGAGUCCUUGGAUUGUUUGUGUUCUUCGAGACUUCGUUGACAUUCAGAAAGUUCUGUCAGUUAAUGAAUUCUCUUGAUUUCCUGAAAAAGUUUACUCGUUUAGCUGGUCAACUUGAAACUUCUGUUACUGAAUGUCAGGGCAUUUUUUCUGUUUGAUUCUCCUGUGCAGUGAAGCUUUUUUGUCUUUUCCUUCUUUGUUGCCUGAAUUGUGUCGGUCAUUAGGAAUUUUCAGAAGAGGUUACAUCACAUUGUCAUUCUUGAUCAAGAUGUGUUGGAUUGAUUUGCUGAUGAAGUCUGAUUCUUGUUUUUACCACUCAUUACUUUUAGAAAGUUUCAAUACAUUCAUUUGUAUGUUUCACCAAAACUGAUAUUCCUUUUUCCCUACCUACAGAGGGAGGCGACUGAUGCGGAAGACAGGCAGUUAAGCUGCUUCUGACUGUUCAACAAAUUGAUCAACCCUGCCAUGGUGAGCUUGCGAAGGCGGAGACUGUUGGGGCUGUGCAGUGGAGGGAGUUCAUUUGUGACUCCACUUCCUCAAGCAGCUGUCCCUGUAAGCUCUGUACCAAGUGCCAAGUCGGUUAAUAUCAGGCCUGCCCCAUCAGAUGAAGCCAAUCUAUCAGCUGAGAAGAUUUAUGCCUUAUGUGGACCUGCUUCGUCGAAUGUGUCACUUCACAGUUCAGCAAAGGAGCAGCAGCAGCAGCCCUGUUCAGACCAACCAAUUAAGAGGAGAAAGCGACACAGAAGAAAGCAUGUUCAAAAUCAAGAACCGUGUGUGAUGCGGGGUGUUUAUUUCAAGAACAUGAAAUGGCAGGCAGCAAUUAAAGUUGACAAGAAGCAAAUCCACCUGGGGACGGUUGGUUCCCAAGAAGAAGCUGCUCGUUUAUAUGACAGGGCUGCUUUCAUGUGUGGGAGGGAGCCUAACUUUGAGCUCUCAGAAGAGGAGAAGCAAGAGCUUCGGGAAUUCAAGUGGGACGAGUUCUUAGCGAUUACACGGAGUGCAAUCACCAACAAAAAGCACAAGAGAGGUGUGAUGAGAAGGAUUGGAGGUGUGAUGCAGAGGAUAUCGCCGGAGGCUGCAUCACAGAACAGUGAGUGGGAUGGAAAGCAAGAGAUGGAUGAUGGUCUGUCUGGUUCAGAAGAAGUGGAGGCUGAUUCAUCAGCCUCUUAGGACGACCCAAAAUAAAGAGUCUGAUAUUCAGAGCUAGUGAUGCAUCCCCCUCGGCUGCUUCCAGUUCUAGUUUUCUGGGUUCUGAGCCCACAUUAGGGCAUUAUGGGUUGAUGGCGGUAGAGUAUAAUGUUAUUAAUCAGAUAGCUUUAUUCUUCUUUGGCAAGUUAAUGGAAUAAAAUUAAAUGGACAAUUAGACAAGACUACUAGGCAAAAUGCAGAUAUUUAAACUGCAUGCCCGCCAACAACAGUAUAUAUAUAUAUAGGCAGAUACAUAUGUACUUAAUAGUUGCACUCUCAGAUAACGAUUCAACAGAACAAGAGAUGAGGCUUAUAGUUCCCAUUUUUUCAAGCAGAUAAUAUUUGUCGCCAACAUAUUUGUGCAUUUUUGCCAUACAAUCAUUUUAUUUAAAUUUCUUUGUUAAUGUUUGCCGACAUAAUUGAUUGCACCUUUCACUUCUACGAAUCUAAAUAUGGUUCACACCUCUUUAAACAAAGUUAGAAUGAGAGUGUUUGAUAAUUUGAAUGGCUUUUAGAACAAGUUAAGUUAGCUUACUCCUGCUUCUAUCGAUGUAUUAUGAGAGCUCCAGAUAUUAAAAACUACAAUUAACACUACAUUGCGGAGAAAAUAUAAAGUUUGACAUGAGGUGUCAAAUGUUGGUUUUGGGAACCCCCUUCAUGUAUUCGUUGCUCCUAUUUAUAGCCAUCAGAUGUAACGACACUGAUAAUCACUAGCUGCCCAGUUGCUCCAACCGCCUCGGGAUCCUCAUCGCCUUGGUAACCACUAACCAUCGUCUUGGUGUGUACUCACACCACCUUGGGGACCCCUCAUCCCAUCUUGAUAAGGGUUCAAGUUUGUGUUGAGUUGAUUUUCAUCAAAGUCUUACUGCCAUGUCCUGAGUAGAAGGGGUUGAAACCUCUUUGUCUUUUCUCCAUCGCAUUUCCCCUUUCCACCGGAAGAUCCCUAAUAUAUACUGGUGAGACCACACUUAUUCUCUUCGCUCCCUCGUUUUGCCAGUUACGUCAAUGAGACAGUCUUGUUAGCUAAGCCUUGUUACCCAUCUUGGAGGGAUGAGAACUUAACCCCAUCCACAUAAGUACCUACCCCCUAGCUAACAAGCAAGCACAUAUAGUCUUAGAGAGCUCGUCAUGGUAUCAACUUGUCUUCUUAGUACACAACCCGUCACAUUGGCUUGACACCCUACAACCUUGCCGAUAAGCUCGUCUUACCAGUUUGUGAGCAAAUCCAUCUCGCCGCGCGUGAUAUACAACCAUCUUGUUGCCAAACUCGUUUCCAAGUCCCUCUUAUCAACUUGAUACCUUCCGACUCGAUGCUCUCUCAACUAGUCACUUUAGUACCAAGUUUAGCUCAUCUGCUUGGUCUCGAUACUUAGCUUUUUGGAUGACCAUCGAGGGGAGUUGGGCGCCAAGUCCGCCUCAUCAAGUUAGCACCUUGAUGCCAUGCCGGCAUACCUCUGUCAUCAACUUGAUAAAUUUUCAUCUUGCCACCAAGCCCGUCAUUUGUUUUCGUAUCUUGAACAUAAAUGUAAUUAUAAACG